AUGAAGUACACCGAUUUACUACCUUUUCUGCUUGCCCAGAAUCUCAUAGAGAAGCGUGUUGCACCACCAGUGCCAGACAAGUUGCCUAAAUGGUAUAAACCUAAUGAACGUUGUAUUAUCCACUCUAAUGCGCCAGGGCAUGUCAUUGAGAAUUGUUUUGUAUUCAAAGGAAAAGUUCAAGAGCUAGUGAGAUUGGGGAUGAUUAAGUUCGGUGAUAUGCCAUAUGUGGCAACUAACCCAUUUCCUGAGCAUGAGGCAGUAAAUAUGAUCACUAAAGAUGAGAGUUUGAUCAUGGACGUCUUGAAAGUAAAGACUUUGUUGGUGCCUAUGCACCUCAAAUUGUUCAAAGUCGGUAUUCUGAAACAAGAUCAUGAGAUGUGCUCUGUUUGUUUGAGGGACCCUAAAGGUUGCUUAGGUGUACAGAAAGAUAUACAGAUGCUGAUUUCCAAUGGAUAUGAAAAAGACUCUCUUUCACAUGUUUUGAUUGAUACCAACUCUUCUUUGAAUGUGAUGUCGGAGGUUACUCUUGCCAAGUUUUCCUAUAUUGGUGCUGAUAUCAAACCAAGUGAGGUUGUUGUGAAGGCUUUUGAUGGUUCUAGAAGGAGUGUAAUGGGUGAAAUUGUCUUGCCGUUGAUGGUUGGCUCGCAACAGUUUCAAAUUCUCUUCCAGGUGAUGGAUAUUAACCUCGGUUACAGUUGUUUGUUUGGGAAACCAUGGAUUCACGACGCAGACACCAUCACAUCCACCCUGAACAAAAAAUUGAAAUUCAUCCGAAAUGGCAAGCUUGCUAUCGUUUAUGGUGAACAAUUUCUGAUGAUCAGCCAAUUAUCUUCUUUCAGAUACAUUGAUGUAGAAGAAGAUGAUGUCAUCACACAGUUUCAAGGGCUUGAAAUUGCAAAUGCAGUGCGAGUUGAGGAUCUCGAUGAGGAUAAGGUGGGAACUUCUAUGGCAUCUCUAAAAGAUGUGCAACAAGUGGUGGCCAAUGGUCAAACCUUGGGUUGGGGUAAGAUUGUGUAA